GUUAGUGUUGAAUCGAAAGCGGAAAAUGUUGUUCAUGGAAAGUGGGCGUUGGAGAGGGCGUCGAUUCAAAGGCAGUGGUGAAAUCGCGAGGCGAUUCCAUUAGCCGGUCGCUGCCCGGCAGACGGAGAUGUCUGCGACUCACAGAGCCAGGAUUGCUGAGUUCGAGGAUCUCCUGGCUGAGGACCACAUCAGCCUGGAGGAGCUGCGGAAACUCUGCUUCAAUGGUGUUCCUUAUGAGUCGGGCAUACGGCCACUCUGCUGGAAGAUCCUGUUGAAUUACCUGCCCUGCAAACGGUUAGAAUGGCCUGUGUUCCUGCAGAAACAAAGAAAUUUGUACCGGCAAUUUUUGUGCGAAAUGAUUCUACAACCUGGAGCAGCCAAAGUGAAGCAAGGAAUCAUUCGGGAAGACGUCACGUUCGAGGAUCACCCGCUGAACCCGAACCCGGACAGCCAAUGGGCAAGCUACUUCAGGGACAAUGAGGUUCUGCUGCAGAUUGACAAAGACGUCAGGCGGCUAUACCCGGACAUGGCGUUCUUCCAGCGCGCCACGGACUUCCCGUGCCAGCUGCUGCGUGAUCCGCAGCACAAGUCGGAGACGCUGCGCAAGCGCGUGGAGCAGACAACGCUGCAGGCGCUCAGCGUGGGGCGCACGCGCAUUGGCGUCACCAAUGUGAUGCGGCCGAAGAAGGCAGUGCGCUCGUCGAUGGAGGAGUAUGCCGUACUGCCUGAUGGGCAGGAGGCGCACUGGGAGGUGGUGGAGCGCAUCCUGUUCAUCUUUGCCAAGCUCAACCCGGGCAUCGCCUACGUGCAGGGCAUGAACGAGAUCGUGGGGCCUAUCUACUACUCAUUCGCCACGGACAGCAGCCCCGAGUGGAGGGAGCACGCAGAGGCCGACACGUUCUUCUGCUUCACGAACCUCAUGUCGGAGAUCCGCGACAACUUCAUCAAGAGCCUAGACGAUUCACAGUGUGGGAUCGGGCACAACAUGCAGCUCGUGUACAGCACGCUCAAAGAGCGAGACCUGGAGCUCUACAUGCGUCUGCAGGAGCAGAACAUCAAGCCGCAGUUCUUCGCGUUCCGCUGGCUCACGCUGCUGCUAUCGCAGGAGUUUCUGCUGCCCGACGUGCUGCGCAUCUGGGACUCGCUCUUCUCCGACACGCGCCGCUUCGACUUCCUCAUCCUCGUCUGCUCCGCCAUGCUGAUGCUCAUUCGAGACCGGAUGCUGCAGGGCGACUUUGCUGUGAACAUGAGGCUUCUGCAGGACUACCCCAUUCCAGAUGUCCAGCCCAUCCUGAAGAAGGCAACAGAGCUAAGGGAGUCCUCUUGACAGCCGCUCCUUUUGCCAUGCGCUCCUCACGUUCGACGGCCAAAGGACUGCCGCUCCUACCCUGACGCAACAGCGCUGGGGGCGAUACUGAAAAAGCAGCCGGUGAUUUCUCCCCAUCACAAGCUGAGCGGAGCGUGCCAUCGGAUGGCCCAUCCUAGUUUAAAUUAUGGCGUUAUUUCUGGAGUCCAUGUGCAUUACUUUGUUUUCUUUUUCCAUCUCUUUCCAAAAAUGUAUCCGAAUUGAAUUUGAUAUCAGCGUCGUGGCGCGAGAUGAAAAAUACUUUCAGAUAUCUCAAAACAGUGCAAACCUUUGUGUUAAAGAACAGGUCAUGAAAGCAGAUAUCACAAAUCUACAUCUAAGAUCCCUUCAAGUGACCUCCGUUCGACAAAGUGUGACAGUGAAACCGAUUGACAGUCAAACCGAUAUUUUACAUUUCUCAGAUCUGGAAUCUAGGCAAAUUAAGUGUAGAAACACAAAUUUAAUGUGAUUUUCUAUUUGUGCAGUCAUUUGUGACGGUGCAAAGACUUAUCAACUCACUGCACUGGAGAACUUGGUUUCUUUAAUCACAGGCAGCUGUCUGAAUUGGAACCCGGGUUCUGGCAGGUAAGCUCUGAUCCACUCAGUCAGCUCUUCCUUGUGCAUUACUUUCCCUUUCGUUCAUUAAUUGUAUUUAUUAGAAGAGAAACAUGUUAAGUCAUUUAAUAUUCCCAUCUCCGGAAAUAAUUCAUAUUUAUAGAUGAUGUCACUGAUGUAGCUUUAAUUCAAAUUGCAGAUGGGAAUUUAAGCAAUGAUUUUACGGUGCUUUUAAUGUGACGCCGUUGCAUUGAGCGGCCACUAAUUAAGCCUCAUCGAUCUAUUGCUGGAAACUGGAAGAGAUUGUCGUGCAAUUGAAGUGUAUAACCACUGCUGUAUAAUAAUACAGCUAUAAUUAUUUUGAUACAAAACAAAAAGCAUAGAAUUAAUUUUCUCCUUUUGAGAGCUGAUGUUAAGUCAUGGAUGUGAGUACAAACGGGACGUGAUUAUGAAAAUGAAACUCUCAAUGAAGUGCGUAUCCACUCGUCAUAAAUGCACUACAUCUCAUCAUAUCUAAAGAGCUGAGCAGGCUUGAGAGGUUAGCACUCGUUCGGGUGACCACCGGGGCUUGCCAGGUGUUGUAGGUGUGUAGCUGCCACGUGGCCAAGGGACAGGAGCACCAAGUGUUACCCCCUCGUAUGCAUGGGCAUUCCACGCGUUCUCCUUUUUCCUCCCACAUGAAGGCAAACACUUAGUAAUGGAAUUGGCCCAACAUACCAAUGCACGGCCCUCCUGAAAAAUAGUCUUGAGGCUCACAUUGAAAACUUAUUUCUAAAGAACUAAUUUUCGUGUUUAGUUUGUUGUCCUUGCCUGCACCUCUGAUUAGCACAAUUGGCUACGUACGGUGCAUAAAAACUUCAACAUUCAUACAUUGAGGCUUCACUGAGCUAAUUCAUUUAAAUCUCAGCAAAGCAGUGCUAGAGUUCUGCAUAAGCUCUAAUGCAUUACAGUUGUACAGGGAUUGCUUAUUACAGAGGUAGCACUCCUGGUUCUUGGCAACUUAAUAUAGUUUGUUAUCACCAAAUUUCUCCUACGUCAUGGAAAUAAAUUCUGAUGUCUCGCAGAGCAGUAAGUCCCUUAAUGUUAGAGAAUGGCCACAGAAGUGGAUACAACAGAACUACCUCUGAGACCCCCUAAGGUGACCUCUGCUUUAUACAGUAGGGGUAGUACUCUGCCACCCACUGUCACUGAGAGUAAUGUUCAUAAUAGUCAAAAGAAAAGUUAAAGUGCUGCCAAGUAGAGCCAGGAGUUGGCCAAUAACAGCAUUGUUGAUCAUGUGGGCCUUUGCCACCAAUCAGAAGUAUGGCUGGCUGCCCUGCUUUUAUGUUUCAGUUGUAAUUCGCAAAGGACGCCCCCUGGAUGAUGAACACUUGCACGUGAUUAGUGGCUGAUGCGCCAUUGCACUUUUACAAUUCCUUUUGACAGUCUUAGAGUCUCUGCCUUUAUGGAGAGCUUAUUUUGCUGCGUGGUAUUUCACAAUUAGAGCAAAUGCAUAAGGCAAAAGUAUCUUGGAUUGAGGGUACACUGAACCACGCCCUCAGAAUCUAAGACUUAAGCUGCUUUUAGAAAUGAUGUGAACCCACAUUGAAGCCACUUAUUUGAGACUGAUUAUUUGGUAGGUUAAUUAAAUGUUAUUCUUUUAUUACUGAUAGCUGGAGUAGUUAACUGAAAAUCUAUUGCACCUCUCUGUAAGUGAGAAUUGAUUACAUAGUUAAUUACAAAUGUGAAUUACAAAAUUUUUGGUAAAAAUGUAAUCCUCUUUCAGUUACCAAUGAAAGGGCAGAUCAACAAGAGUCGUUGUGUAAAAUUGUGAAUUAGUUUCAAGAUGUCGUGUCUGGAGUGGGAACAUAACAUGUCUCUUGUGUUCCCUAUGUAUACUGAAACCCGUCUCUUGAAAAUUGUGUUCAAAGACAACACAAUCAGCUGUAUAUCUGCAAAUAUCUGCACACGUGGUGUAUAGUUUGUAUCCAAUGUUACAUUUACGGAUUUCCAGUCUCAUCUGCGACACCUUUAUUUUUUGAUAAC